CCCACGUCUAAACCACAUACAGUUAGUCAGGUCAAGCUUUAAGAACGGCCACCUCUUAAUUCGUCAGACCCAAAGCUUAUCUAAUUCGUCCAGGAUACAGCAUCAUUCGUCGGAACGUCGCAGGGCCCUGGAGCACUUGAACGACAUAACCUAAUCUGUCUCAGCAACCGCAAUUGAGUGCGCGUUUUCCCUCCCAUAACCACCGAGCGACGUCUACUUCCACACGCAUAGCUCGACGCCAUGUCAUCCGGAUACGGUCUUCAUGGCGGUCCGGGCCGGUGCUUUCCCUUCUGGCAAGAGGUUCUAGCUUGCUACGUUGUGAAUACCUCGGCAGAGGACGACUCGGGGAAGAAGAAGUGCGCGCCCGUUCUAGAGGACUACUACGAGUGCUUACAUCACAAGAAGGAGGCUACGAGAGUAAGAGCAUUGCAAGCUGCAUAUCGAAAGGCAGAAGCAUCGUCAGCACGAGAGAAUGCGCCAAGUGCUGGUCAAAUAAGGAACCUAGGCCUGUUGGGCAAGGAGGAGGAUACGAAACAGGUCCUUGGCGGAUGAUUACGAUGCUUCAAAAAAGAGGCAGAGCUGUGUACGUACAAGGUCUUAAGGUCUUCGAUGCAUAUGAAUUCAAGGAUCAACGAAACCCGAAAUAGGCGUCCUUUAUAUCAGCGGGAUCAGUUGCUUAGGAUGACCGCAGCCUUGCUACAGAUAUCAGGGACCAAUAUUGCUCAGAUAUUCCUAACCCAAGGCACAAAUAUAGAAGCAUCGGUAUACGUUAUAAUGAUACCAACUCUGUAUCACUAAAUCACCACUGCGACUCAUACACACGAUGAAGGUUUAAUGCUGGCCAGCUCUAGCCCAGGCUCAUAUUUGCAGGCUUAGUAAGUUUAAUGAGAUUGUUUAGCCAGGCAUAUCUCGAUUUCGGAUGAAAAACCAUUAUACAUUCAUUACUCUAAGAGAUGAAGCUAUACAAACAGAAAAAAAUACACGUGUGCAAGCAUGUCUACAUUGUUAUCAUAAGAUGGGCAAGUGCGUACAUGUGUACAUCUACAUGUAGGUAGUCACUUACCUGUAGCCACUACAUUAGGCACAUAUGUAAGGU